GCAUUUUCUGCUUAAUGAAACUUGAGAAAGCGUAUUUAAUUAAUCUUUACGCGCGACCCCAAAUCCUAAUUCAAAGAACCACCACGAAGAAGAAAUAGUGUAAUGUAAAUUUUAUAGCCAAUCCACUGAUUUCAUACAAUUUGCAUUUCGGUACCCAAUCAAACAUGUCUGCCAUUUCUUUCUCUAAAUUCACAGCCUCUGUAAUCUACUCAUUGUCCUCAUCCUCUCCUUCAUCAAUUUCUUCUCAUUAUUCUAUAUUCCCUACUUUGUAUCCUUCCCUUUUGCGAAAUUUUCGUUCUUCUUCCCAAUCCCUAUCUCCCUCUUCUCCCCGGAAACUCCAUUUCCGUCUCCAUAUCCCAAGUUGUUCUUCCAAGUCUUCCGAGGCUGAAGAGGAGGAGGAGUCGUCCCCGGAGGACGAGUGGUUGAAGAAGCUCCCCGACAAGAAGAAGCCCUUGUAUUCUCACAGCCUCCCUUGCCUUGAGGCCUGGCUGAGAAGUUUAGGGUUUCAUCAGAGCAAAGAAGACAGGGCUGUUUGGCUGGUUGAGAAGCUUGAAUGGCAUGCCCAGCUCUCGCUUGAUGUCACUGAUCUCUACAUAAGGUAUCUAAAGACUGGACCCGGGAAUCUCGAAAAGGAUAUGGAAAGAAAAUUCAGUUAUGCUCUGAGCAGAGAAGAUAUUGAGAAUGCUGUGCUUGGAGGACCUUAGUCAUACUUGAGUAGUUUUUAUUCAUUGUUGGGUCUUGACUUGCUAUUUUUUGGGACAAAAUGAAUUUGCUUAGUGUUAAUAUAUUGCUUUUUUCCAUUUUUUAAA